AUCCCUCCCUCUCUCUCUCUCUCUUUCUCAUUCAUUCAUCCGAUCCGCCCAUUUGCCAGGAUGUGAUCAAUGCAUUGUGCCUGCAAGUCCAUAACGAUAUUGUCCGGCCUGCAUGCUCCACUGGUAGUUGAUGCCCCUUCUAUUGCUUUCUAUCCGCCCUGCUCGGCUGGCUUGGGUUUAUUUCAGCGAUGUGGUAAAGUAGCAAACUACCCAGUUACUUCUGCUUCCCAGCGCGGCAGAUUUCAUCUCCUGAAGGGGUGUGAUUAAUCCAUUAGUGUUUUGAUUGAAUCAGUGCUUUUUAAUCAGUAUUAUCCUGGAAGGAAAUUUUUUUUUCAUAUCAGCACCACUUCAUUUAGUUUUUCUCCAGGAGCAGGCAAUCAGGAUUGUUGUUGUGUUAUUUUUCUUCAUACCUCAAGAAGCAGUUUGUUUCUAGCGUGGAUUAAAGUCAUUACUCAUCUGAUGGACUUUGGAGAAAAAAGUUCUCUGGAUAUACAUACACACUGACAUCAAUAAAUCUUCAAGACUGAAAAUGAAUCUUUUUGAAAUUCUGUCCACAAGGAAGGACUUGUAAGUGGCCUGUGUCACCGGAUUCUAGCCGACUUCAUGAACCUAGAGAUAUCUUCCUCAUAUGUCUCUGGUCAAACAAAUUAUACUCUCAUAGUUAUUAAGGAAGUGCUUGCGAUUUGUUUUCAACACUGCAUGAUACAUCAAACAUGUUACAUCAAUAACCUUUUGUAUCUGUACUGCAUAUUUCCUGGGACCUUCAGAUUUUCCCCAAGGAUUUCAUUUUUUUUAAAAACUGAUCGAAUCAUCAUUGAGUGAACUUGAGAGAAUCAAUGAGGCAUCAUAGGCGUUCAUCGGAUACUCUAUUCAUCCUCGGAUGAAGGUUGCAAGGAAUAUAUUGACAGGACCUCUUAAUUGAUUUAGUAUCCACUACUUUCAUCAGAUACAUGGCAUGCAUAAUGACAUUGACCAUCAAUCACCAAGAUGAUUUCUAAAUUGGCAACCGGUUUUGAGAACUGCCAUUCGUGUGACUUUAACGAUGCCAGCAACGACAAUUUACGGUGCGAACCGCGAUGAGUAAAAAGUUGCGUGUGUUUGCACAGCCCGUGCAGGGGCCGGGAACUGACUUCAUGCCAGGCCGCUUAGGGCACGGUGGGGGCGGGGUCACCACGGGGAGGGCGGCCAUUACCCUCCCGCCCCCUUACAACCCCAAAGACAAUAGGGUCACUCGGUCUCACCCUGAAGCUAAUAAGCCUCGAGAAAAGAACCACAUUAGCAAUGGAGCAGUCAAAGCUAGUCAACCCAUCCAGAUCAAUGGUGUUCUUGGGCGGAGGACAAACGGCCUCCAAAGUGAGAAACUCUCCAACAGUCUUCCGCAGGCGUCCUCGGGCCAGACCACGUUUCCCCAGCUCUCUCUAGGCCAUAAUAAGAGCAACACCAUGGGGGAGUCCUUACCCCAACUCACCAACGUCCAGGGGCAUCUAGUCGCCUCUGGUAUCCAUCAGACCACCAUAGGGGAACACAUCAAGGCCCAUAGACAACCUAACAAAUUCGAGGAAAUUAAGAGAUCAUCUAAAAAUGAAGGAAAGGACAGCAGAGGACAUAUGAAGCCAAACGAGGCCAUGAUGUACUACCGAGACAAACUGACAGUCUUUGAGGAAGCCGAGAUCCUAGACUACCAGGAGGUCUGGUUCUUAGGUCCAGAGGCUAAGAAAGUAGAAGGGGUCCAGGGAGCAUCACAAAACAAUGGCUAUGAUGAUGAGAAUGGGUCCUAUAUCAAGGUGAUACAUGAUCAUUUAGCAUACAGAUAUGAGAUUCUGGAGGUCAUAGGUAAAGGGUCGUUCGGUCAGGUCGUCAAAGCCUUUGACCACAAGUUGGGAGAGAUGAUUGCAAUCAAAAUUAUACGCAAUAAGAAAAGGUUUCACCACCAAGCAUUGAUAGAAGUGAAGAUACUAGAUGCACUAAGGAGAAAAGACAGAGACAACUCACAUAAUGUGGUCCAUAUGAGGGAGUACUUCUACUACAGGAACCACUUAUGUAUCACCUUUGAAUUGUUAGGAAUGAACCUGUAUGAACUGAUCAAGAAGAACAACUUCCAGGGCUUCAGCGUAGCCCUCAUCCGUCGCUUUGCCUUCUCACUGCUCCAGUGCCUGCGCAUGCUACACAAGGAGCGCAUCAUCCACUGCGACCUCAAGCCAGAGAACAUCCUCCUCAGGCAGAAAGGUCAAAGUACAAUCAAGGUCAUUGACUUUGGCUCCAGCUGCUAUGAGCACCAGAGAGUGUACACCUACAUCCAGUCUCGCUUCUACCGGUCUCCAGAGGUGAUCCUGGGUCUCCCUUACGGGCUCCCCAUCGACAUGUGGAGCUUUGGGUGUAUCCUGGCUGAGCUCUACACCGGCUACCCUCUCUUUCCAGGGGAGAAUGAGGUGGAGCAGUUAGCAUGUAUCAUGGAGAUCUUUGGUCUUCCUCCUCCCCACAUUAUUGAAGAGGCUCAGAGAAGAAGACUAUUCUUUGAUUCCAGAGGCAACCCACGGUGUAUCACAAACAGUAAAGGCAAGAAGAGGCGACCUAACACCAAGGAUCUGGGUUACGCGGUCAAGACAGGCGACCCUCAGUUCUUAGAUUUCGUCAAGAGAUGCUUAGAAUGGGACCCCUCUCAGCGGCUAACCCCGGACCAAGCCUUGCAGCACCCGUUCAUCCAGGAAGGCAUCCCUCACACCAAGUCCAAAGACAAACACCGGUCCUCCAACCCCACCGCAUCCUCCUCCUCCUCCACCACCACCUCCAACCAACAUCAUCAUCACCAUAGAAACAAGCAUCAACAACACAGUACGCAUCACCAGCAGACUGUCAAGGAGAUGCAGAAGGAGGGGGCAUCGGCCAAGGGUCAAGAGGUCAAAGUGGAAGGGUCGGGCGGAGGGGUCUUCCAGCUGCCGGCCGUCAACAAGGCGGUGGCCCAGGUGGCCAAGAGCAGCGCCAAGGGCAGUGCGAGGGUGAGGGUAGGGAAGGAGAAGCAGAACAACUCAUUAAAGGAAAAUACAGAAGAUUCCAGUGCACCCGACGUCUCGAAGAAGAAUGGUUUAAGGAUAUCAAGAGAGAAGUCUAAUCUAAAUGCCAAGUCUGACUUUGUCAUGCCACCUAUUCAUCUAGGUAUUAAUGCAGACCUUACUGCAGAGAAACCCGUCAAUAAGGUCAAGCCGCUUCUUGCGGAAGAUAAAGCGCCCUCUAUUGAGGUAAUUGAGGUUGAGGACUCUGAGAAGUUUCUCGAAAACUUAGAACUCGAUGAAAAGAAUGUGAUAGACUCCCAAGAGAAAUAUGCCAAGAAGGAGCAAAAACAAAGUGGACAGUUCUUACCGCCGAUUGUAUAGCACAGGAUAUUGGUAGAGGGAGCAUAGGAACAGUUGUUACCACUGAAGAACAGGAAACAUUAGAUAGAGGUAGAUUAGGAACCAUUGUAGAAGCCAGGAGUGUAGAACUCAUUAGGAACCUUAGCCUUAGAAAGGCUGCUGCAAUGGCUUUACCUUGCAUGGCGAUCAGGACGAUGGCUAUGUCAGCGGGAAGAGAGAGUUGUCCGCCGCGCUGGACGAAAGAGCGGGAAAUAGUAGCUUCAGUCUCGCUUUGAUCUGCACCAAGUCGACGUCACUUUUUAGCAACACAAGCAUAGGAUUCAGACAACCUGAGAUUCAGAUGCGCCACACUUACAUCAAAGGUUUAUGGAUUUGAAAAUCACUAUAUUCUUAGUUCUUGAUGUGAUCAGAAGUGCCUAAUUGAGGACAUCGUUCAAGGACCACAUUCUCUAGGACUGCACUCAGGGCAUCACUUUUCAAGAAUGGCAUUAUCAUCAUCAUAUCAAAGGUUGAUUACAUUUGCAAGAAUGGCAUUAUCAUCAUCAUAUUGAAGGUUGAUUACAUUUGAAUGUCACCAUGUUUUUAGUUUAGAUGUAGUCAUAAGUGCCUGAUUGAAGACAUCAUUCAAGGACUACAGUCUCUAGGUCUGUAGGUAGGCCACAUUUGAUGGGUUAAUUAAAGGGAGCUGAGUCUUACACUAAUGGAAACAGGCAUCCAUGAAUGUCAUCAUAGAGGUGUCAUGGUUGUGUGGAUACGUCACAGGACUGUCAAUCACAAGGUCCAUGGUUCGAGUCCCGCCGCAGCAUUAAUGUCCUUUGGCAAGACAUUGAUCUACAUUUGCCACACUCAACCCAGGUGAUGUAAAUGGGUACCUGGCAGG